AUGACCUAUAAGGCUGCCCUCAGCCUGCAUUCCACACAACAGAGGUUUGUCCCCAACUUCAAGUGUCACAAUCAGAACAAGCUGAUCACCAUCAUUGGCGGAUGCAUCUCUGAAAUCUCUGCCAAUGUGGCCAUCAUCUCAGCAAUUCACAAGACUCCACAGCUCACUUAUGGAUCAUUUUCAGCAUUACAGAAUGACAAAAUGCUAUUCCCAUUUUUGUACCAGAUGGUCCCAAAUGAGGCUCAUCAGCACAUAGGAGUUAUCCGGCUAUUUCAGCAUUUCAAAUGGACUUGGGUUGGACUGUUAGCUGUAGAUGAUGACAAAGGGGAUAGGUUUUUACAAACAGUGGUCCCAAUUCUUUCCCAAAAUGGCAACUGUUAUGCCUUCAUAAUAAGAGUACCAAAAUGGAAUUAUGUGGAUGAGAUGAUAGACUUGCUUAUACAGCAGCAGAAAAACUAUGAAAUUCUCAUGGAGAGAAAAUGCAAUGUAAUGUAUGUAUAUGGAGAACCUCCAUCCUUUCAGAUUUUGAGAAUGUUGUUGUUUCUAGCACCCUUCUUAGCAUUGCCACCUCUAGGAAAAGUUUGGGUUGUAACUUCCCACUGGGAUUUUGCAUCACACUCUGUACAAAAGGUAUGGGAUAUACAGGCAUUCCAUGGCACCAUAUCUUUCACAGUUCACUCAAAUCAGCCAUUAGGAUUCCAAACGUUCACAGACAUGAUACAACCUUCCUGGGCCAAAGGAGAUGGUUUCAUCCAGGACUUCUGGGAACAAGCAUUCAGCUGUUCACUAAUGAUGUCUAAGCAGCAAGAGAAGGAUGGGAAGAAAACCUGCACUGGGGAAGAGAAUCUGGAAAGCCUUUCUGGAGUUCUGUUUGAAAUGAAUAUGACUGGACACAGCUACAAUGUCUACAAUGCUGUCUAUGCAAUGGCACAUGCUUUAAAUAAAAUCAGUUCCCAACAUCGAAGCUUCAGAGGGAGUCUGAAACUUCAGGAUGUGCAACCAUGGCAGGUGCAUCACUUUCUAAGGUGGAUCACAUUCAAUAACAGUGCUGGAGACACUGUGCGCUUUGAUGACAAUGGUGAAUUAGUUACAGGUUUUGAUGUUACAAACUGGGUGACAUUCCCCAAUGGCUCACUGGUUAGAGUGAAAGUUGGAAGACUCCAACCUCAGGCUCCUUCAGGCAAAGAAUUAACCCUUAAUGAUGAGCAAAUUGUCUGGCAUAAAAGUUUUAAUCAGGUGUUGCCUGUUUCUGUGUGCAAUGACAACUGCUUCCCAGGCUACAGCAAAAAAAAGAAGGAGGGAGAGAAAUUUUGCUGCUAUGAUUGUGCUCCAUGUCCAGAAGGGAUGAUCUCUCACCAGAAGGAUGCCGAUGCGUGUGUCAAUUGUCCAGAAGAACAGUGUCCCAACAAGGAACAAACCAAAUGCAUUCCAAAGGAUGUAAACUACCUCUCUUACAAAGAAGAUUUAGGGAUCAUCUUAACUAUAUUGGCGAUUUCUUUCUGCUUGAUCACAAGUUUAGUACUUGGAAUUUUUAUGAAGUACAAGGACACUCCCAUAGUCAAAGCCAACAACCGAACCCUCACCUACACCCUCCUCAUCUCCCUUCUCCUUUGCUUCCUCUGCUCCUUGCUCUUCAUUGGACAUCCUGGAAAGCUCAUCUGCCUUCUCCGACAAACAGCCUUUGGUAUCAUAUUCUCUGUGGCCCUUUCUUCUGUGUUGGCAAAGACCAUCACUGUGAUUCUGGCUUUCAUGGCAACCAAACCAGGAUCUGGAAUGAGGAGAUGGGUGGGGAAAAGAAUGGCAGAUUCUAUUGUCCUUUCCUCUUCCUUGAUUCAAGUUGGCAUUUGUACUCUUUGGUUAAGUACCUCCCCUCCUUUCCCAGAUAUGGACAUGUACUCAUUGGAUAGGGAAAUCAUAGUGGAAUGUAAUGAUGGUUCUGCUUUCAUGUUUUACUGUGUCUUGGGCUACAUGGGCUCACUGGCCAUUGUCAGCUUUGUUGUGGCUUUCCUGGCUAGGAAGUUGCCCGACAGUUUCAAUGAAGCCAAGUUCAUCACUUUCAGCAUGUUGGUGUUUUGCACUGUUUGGUUAUCAUUUGUUCCAACCUAUCUAAGCACCAAAGGGAAAUAUAUGGUGGCUGUAGAGGUCUUUUCCAUCUUGUCUUCGAGUGCUGGGUUACUGGGCUGCAUCUUCUUACCUAAAUGCUACAUCAUUCUGCUCAGGCCUGAGCUGAACAAUCGGGAUCAAUUAAUAAGAAGAAAAUAA